CCAUUCCCGAAAACGCAAAAAGUCCCCAAAUCCCGGCACCGAUCGCCGCCGGCGAUGUCCCUCCGCAAGCGCCAGCGCUCGGCGAGCAGCUCCCGCCUCGCCGCCUUCUGCUCGCCGCCGUCCUCUCCACCUCCCUCCUCUGCUUCCGCCUCCUCCCCCGACUCGCUCUCCUUCCCCAACGCCGACCUCCUCCUCCGCCUCCACCUCGACCCGUCUUCCCCCGACGACGCCGACGCCAAGCCCGAGACCGACUGCCACCUCGGUAUGGCUCCCGGAACAUUCCUCGACCUGCACGUCUCGUCGGCUUCCCUCCUUCGCUCCCGCUACUUCGCCGCCCUCCUCUCCGACCGCUGGUCCCCGUCCACCUUCGCCGCCGCGGGUGGCCGUCUCUCCCUCGCCGUGGCGGCGGCCCCCUCCUUACCCCGCCCAUUCCACGCCCACGUCGAGGUGCUCCGCCUCCUCCACACGCUCGACUUCGCGGGCGCCAUCCGCUCCCCCGGCGAUGCCCUCGACCUCCUCCCCGUCGCGCUCCAGCUCCUCUUCGACGCUUGUGUCGAGGCGUGCAUCCGCUUCCUUGAGGCGGUGCCCUGGUCUGAGGAGGAGGAGGCCCGCGUCAUUGACCUCAAGCCGCUCCUUCCCGCCGAUGAGGCAGCCGACCUGCUCGCCAGGGUCUCCCCUUCCCCCGUCGCCCCUGGUCCCUCUUCCGCUGAAGGGGAGGCCGCCAGGUCGCCCUCCGAGGCCAUGCUGCACGGCCUGAUCCACUCGGCGAUCCACGGCCACCCCGUCCACGCUGCCACCAAGGCGUUCGUCGCGAUGCUCCUGAAGGACUACCCGUCGCGGGACUGCGUCCGCAAGGUGCUCGACGAGGCAUUUCAGUCGCGCCUGGAUACAGUCAAGGAGCUCAUGGGCAAGUACGCGAGCCCGGACUUCAGGGUCGCGGUGGACAGUGACGAACGCGAGGCCAUACAAAGGCUGAACCUGCAGUCUGCAGCGUUGAAUGUGAAGCAUCUGUAUUGGCUCAUUGAGAGGAUGGUCGAUCUGAGGGUGGCGGAUAAUGCGGUGACGCUGUGGAGUGAUCAGGCUGCCCUAGCUACUGAUUUGCAGAAGUUGCUGAGUGACGCAGACAUGUGGAGGAACAUGACACCUGGGCUGCCGAUGCUUGUGACAAGAUGCACACUCAGGCUUGCCAAUUCAGUCAUCACUGGGGAGACUCUGGUACCUCGGCAGGUGAGGAUGAAGCUCGUCAGUUGCUGGCUCCCUGUCCUAAACGUCUGCCGGAACAUAGUCCAACCAAUGCACUGCCACAAAUCAACGAACUGCCAAGAGCUGGAGGAGGUGUUUCUUCAGAUCAUCUCCACUCUGCCCGUCCCAGAGGCCCAGGAGCUGCUGCGGCAGUGCCUCGGGUUCUCGACCCGUAACGUCGACGACUGCCCUCAUCUGGUGGCCGCAUUCAAGACGUGGUUCCGGCGCGCUGGCCGGGCUCCUCUGGGCGGCGACGACUGAGACAUGAGCGGAUGUCUGCAUCAUCCAAUCAAUGCGCGUUUGCCUCCUUGCCUGUGCAGUCUCCCCUGUAGCUAGCUGUAGGCCUCAACCUAAAUCCUCUGGAUUUAGUAUAGUGCUUGCGUCUCUGUUUUUGUAUAUAGUGUUUGCUGUUUUCGCACUCGAUUGUGCAUGCUCCUUUUUUACUGUCGCCCCGUGUUUUUAACUUAAUACUGAUUGUGUGAAUUUCACCCAAUGUGCUGUGUUUUUCGGCGCAGCAUUUCUACA